CGCCUUGAAGAUAUAUAAGGAGCCAGACCCUUCCGCUUUGGAACAACCCAGCUUGUCUAUCACCACACUUGCUUAUCACACCAACCACAACCACAACACAAUGUCCAAAGCUGCUUCCGUCACCACUCUCGACGCCUCGGAGCCCAUCGAGCGCAUCUUUGAAGUCAUGGCCCGCGACGGUGCCGUCAUCAUCGCCAACUUCCUCCCCAAAGAGCUUCUCGACGAAUACCUCACCGGCAUCGAGCCCUACUUUGAGGGCCGUGACAUCUACGUCUCGAAUUCUGCCGCCAAGGAGCUUGGUGCCGACUUUUUCCCCAACAUGUCCAAGCGAGUCUAUGGUCUUCUCGGCAAGGUUCCCAAAGCUGUCAGCGGUACUAUGAAGCUUCCUAUCUGGCAGGCCAUCAUGGACAAGUUCCUCAGCGACGAGUUCUCUUCCUACACUGGCCACAACCUCCUUCCCCAAAAAUCCAGCUACAUGCUCGGUUCCACCGCUGCUAUGCGACUCGUCCCCGGCGCCAACGCCCAGCCCCUGCACCGCGACCAGAUGCCCUACCUCGUCCGCCAAGACCCCGAGAACCCCUUCUUCACCCCCAUGGUCGGCUGCCUCAUCGCCGGCUCAAAAUGCACCGCCAAGAACGGCGCCACCAUGUGCAUCGCCGGCUCCCACCUCUGGCCCGGAGACCGCGCGCCCAACGUCGAGGAGGCCGCGCCCGCCGAGAUGGAGCCUGGAUCCGCUCUCUUCACGCUCGGUAACACUUACCACGGUGCGGGCAAGAACCAGUGCGAGCAGUCCGACCCGGAUGCGCUUAGGACUAUCUUUGCUUGUUUCGGUCAGAGGGACUAUUUCCGACAGGACCAGGAGGAGAUUCUGUCGACUCCUUUGGAGGUUGUAAAGACUCUUGAUGAGGAGACUCUUCGAUUGGCUGGCUUCUUCAAGUCCAAGGGCGGUGUCGGAUACGUCGAGAACCACGAAGACCCCAUCCAGUACCUCGGUACCGACCACCUUCUCGGUCAAUACACCACCCUCGCCGGCUCCACCAUGGCUUGAUAUCCUCCUCCUUCUCUCCUCUCCUUUCCUAUCCCUUCCUCCUUUCUCUUUUUCUCAUAUAGAUGCGCUUUCUGGACGUUGUCAUUAAUACUAGUGAUACGAAGUUGUAACCCAUCUAUCCUUUCUUUUGUCGUAUUUCUUCCCGGGCCUUGUCGAUUAGUUGUAAAGCAUUAGCAAACGAGUAGGAUGAAUGAAAUCAU